AUUGCGUCACUUCCGUUUACUGUCGGCCGCCGCCGCGGUGUUCACAGAGAGUCGCGGCGAACCGGCAGAAGGAGCUGAGAGAACGAAAGGAGGGGCGGGCGGGGGGCGGGCGGAAGGGAGAGGAAGUCCCAUCACGGAGACGCCAGUCUGGACGUUCCCGCCUCCUCCGACACUAUCGGGUCGGAUCGGAGAAGGGUCACCGCCUCCUCCAGCGGGGAGAAGGGGGGCGGAGCCCGGCUCAGGAUCAUGGAUUUUCCUGGUCACUUUGAGCAGAUCUUCCAGCAGUUGAAUUACCAGAGACUUCAUGGCCAGCUGUGUGAUUGUGUCAUUGUAGUGGGGAAUAGACAUUUUAAAGCCCACCGCUCUGUGCUGGCAGCAUGCAGCACACAUUUUCGAGCUCUGUUCUCAGUGGCAGAGGGAGAUCAGACCAUGAACAUGAUCCAGCUGGAUAGCGAGGUAGUGACAGCGGAGGCCUUUGCUGCGCUGAUUGACAUGAUGUAUACCUCCACCCUCAUGCUGGGGGAGAGCAAUGUUAUGGAUGUCUUAUUGGCAGCCUCUCACCUGCAUUUGAACUCUGUUGUUAAGGCAUGUAAACAUUACCUAACAACAAGGACGCUGCCCAUGUCUCCCCCCAGUGAGCGCGUUCAAGAGCAGAGUGCCCGCAUGCAGCGCUCUUUUAUGCUGCAGCAGCUGGGACUAAGCAUUGUGAGCUCAGCCCUCAAUUCCAGCCAGAGUGGUGAGGAACAGCCAGCCCCCAUGAGCUCAUCGAUGCGCAGUAACCUGGACCAGCGGACACCCUUCCCUAUGAGGCGCCUUCAUAAGCGCAAGCAGUCUGCAGAGGAGCGGGCCAGACAGCGCCUCCGCCCCUCCAUGGAUGAGUCUGCCAUUUCAGAUGUCACAGCCGAGAAUGGGCCUUCAGGGGUUCAUUCUCGGGAGGAGUUCUUUUCACCAGAUUCCCUGAAAAUUGUGGAUAAUCCUAAAGCUGAUGGAAUGAAUGACAACCAGGAAGAUAGUACUAUGAUGUUUGACCAGACUUUUGGUGCUCAAGAAGAUGCCCAGGUGCCUAGCCAGUCUGACAACAGUGCUGGUAACAUGGCACAGUUGUCCAUGGCCUCUCGUGCAACUCAGGUUGAGACUACUUUUGAGCAGGAAGCUGCAACUGAGAAAAGUGGCUUCCAAUGUGAGAAUCCUGAGGUUGGCCUUGGUGAGAAGGAGCACAUGAGAGUGGUGGUAAAAUCUGAGCCUCUGAGCUCACCUGAGCCUCAGGAUGAAGUGAGUGAUGUGACCUCUCAAGCAGAAGGCAGUGAGUCCGUAGAAGUGGAAGGAGUUGUUGUUAGUGCAGAGAAGAUAGACCUCAGCCCUGAAAGUAGUGAUCGGAGUUUUUCAGAUCCCCAGUCCAGCACGGACAGGGUAGGUGAUAUCCACAUUUUGGAAGUUACAAAUAACCUAGAACAUAAGUCCACUUUUAGUAUUUCAAAUUUUCUCAACAAGAGCAGAGGAAGUAACUUUAGUGCGAAUCAAAACAAUGAUGAUAACAUUCCAAACACCACUAGUGACUGCAGGCUCGAGGGCGAGGCCCCUUACUUGUUAAGUCCAGAGGCUGGGCCUGCAGGCGGGCCCUCCUCUGCCCCUGGCUCCCAUGUGGAGAACCCAUUCAGUGAGCCUGCAGACUCCCACUUUGUCAGGCCCAUGCAGGAGGUGAUGGGCCUACCCUGUGUGCAGACUUCAGGCUACCAAGGAGAACAGUUUGGGAUGGAUUUUUCCAGGUCUGGUUUGGGCCUCCACUCCUCCUUCUCCAGGGUAAUGAUGGGUUCCCCCCGAGGAGGAGCCAGUAACUUUCCAUACUACCGCCGCAUUGCUCCCAAAAUGCCAGUUGUAACUUCUGUCAGGAGCUCACAAAUCCCGGAAAACUCUGCCAGUUCCCAGCUAAUGAUGAAUGGGACCACAUCCUCAUUUGAAAAUGGCCAUCCCUCCCAGCCUGGCCCCCCACAGUUGACCAGGGCAUCUGCUGAUGUCCUAUCAAAGUGCAAGAAGGCCUUAUCAGAACACAAUGUCUUGGUUGUAGAAGGAGCUCGCAAGUAUGCCUGCAAAAUCUGCUGCAAAACUUUUCUGACUUUGACAGAUUGCAAGAAGCACAUCCGCGUUCACACAGGUGAAAAGCCGUAUGCCUGCCUGAAGUGUGGCAAGAGGUUUAGUCAGUCCAGCCACCUGUAUAAACAUUCCAAGACUACCUGCCUGCGCUGGCAGAGCAGCAAUCUUCCUAGCACUUUGCUCUGACUAUUUGUCCUCAGGAGACAGUGCCAGCUAGUUGUGGGACUAAAACUAAAAUCGUUUGGUGGGUGGUUAAUGCCAUUGGGUUUGAGGCUUCCGCUGCCCAGUGGCUCUUGCAAUUUUCAAUGACUAGUAAGUGGACAACUGUUCAUGUAGCACUUGUGCUGCAGCAUUUCUGAGUGAAAUGCGCAUCUGGGGAGAGGGAUGUGAUCCCUAGAACCAAGUUCUUCCUUAGGGUUGAGUGACAUAGUCAUAAAGUAGUUUGUAAUUGAUGUUAAAAGUGGCACACUUAAAAAUUGAAGUGCAAAAAAUUUUUUUAGCAAUUUUUGUAAAGCUCUGUGAAGCAUUUAAUUACAUAUCCUAUAUGUAAUGGGAAUAUUGUAUCCCUGUACAGCGAUGCAAAGUACACUUAUGUGUAACCAGUGGCAACUUUGUGCCUGUCUGAAAGGAAGGCCCUUGAAGACAGGCCUGUUUGCCACAAAUGCUUUAAAGUGUAUCCUGAGCUAGUCCUAGGCCUCAGAAAGUACUGUAUUUUUUAUUUUUGUCUGAUUUGCAGUCAUAGAUACUGCACUUUGGUGCUGACACUGGGCCCAGGGCAAGCAUUCUCUUAGAAUAGGUGUAUAUACUUUUGAAUACAUCUCUGUUGGAUAGAUGUUUUAAAAGUUUCUGGUUUUAAAGGCCAAGUUGUAAACGGAGUAUGUACUUAUAUGGAGUGACAAGUAAGGUAUUGUUUCUGUGUGUGCGGUUUUAGCAGUAUUUUAACCAACUCGUAUUACUGAUGUCACAGUUCAUCUUUGAAAGUCAGGAAAGAGCUAGUGUUUGUCUUUGUUCUGAUGAUGUGGAGUCAUGUUUUGUGGGGUUUUUAUGGUGCAUUUACCUUUUGCUCCAUCCAGACCUCAAAGGCCAGUCCAGUCUGACGCAUCCCACCCUCGGACAAGCCCGUUCUCUGCUUCCUUUCUUCCUGUACCCACUAUGGCAUCCCUCCCAGGCCUAGAUUCCUGUUUUCAGUUACAAACUAACCAAAAAUAAUGCCACCCCUCCAUGGGUUUUAUUAUUGUUAUAUACCAUACUUUAAAAGUAUAGACCCUAAACUUUUAGUUUGUUCUCCCAACUGAAUACUGAGUGUAGUUUGAAAUCCAAAUGUGGUAGUGUUCAUGGACCAGUAUUUUCCAGGCUCUGUAAGAGAGUAAGGCAGUCCAUAGCACAGAAGUCGCCAGGAGCAUUCAGAACUGUUGGGAGAAGCAUUUGGGUCACUUCCCAGGGCCUUUAUGGGCCUUCUUGUCUCACUUGCCCAUUUGGGUCAAUGCCCAGGGCCUUUCUGGGCCUUCUUGUCUCACUUGCCCAGCUUCACCUUGCUGUCCUCUGACACCAUGCUAUCGAGGGCUGUUGGUGGCACCUGUAUCAGGCCACAUCCUGGCUCACAUAAACCAGGGGAAACAGCACAGGUUCAUGCAUCUCUGUCGAACUCAGUUAGGUUCAUGCAUGAACAUGAGUUCAUUUUAUUUUUUUAAUAUGGCUUUCUCAGAGAUACUAAACCAUUUUUGUGCAUAAUUCAGAGAAUUUAUUCAGUUCUUAUGUUUAGAAAACUAAGUAUUUAUGUGUCACCUAAAACAAAACUGAACGUGUCUUCUCCUCUUAAUAAUCUAGUGUGUGCAGUUACAAAUCUGUGGAUAAGCCCAUAAUGUUCACAGAGGGCUUGGCAUCUCCUAGGAACUGAUUCCCAGAGAGGAAAGCUCAAAGGGAAACCUGUGACUUUUCCUUUUGAGCAGAUGUGGGAAAGACACCAUUGGAGGAUAUGGGGUCACCUGUGAAAUCCAGUUCUACGUGUGGCUCAUUGUCAGCAGUCCUUAUCCAACAAGUUGUAAGGGGUUCUACAGCUACCACCACCAUGUGACGUAGGACCCACAUCCUGUGAGGAGUCAGAUGGGUCAGCAUGGAGUACAGGAGGCCCUGCCUGGGCCUAGGGCAAGAAGCCAGUGACGCUGGCAGAACAGUGCAGCCCUCCUUGCCUUCCAUUUUGAGGAGGUGCUGCCAGGAGCCUGUCCUCUUGUCCCUGCUCAGGCAUAAGUGUACUUUGCUUUGGGGCCUGCCUCUGACACUCCUGGAGCCUUGCCUCUCCACUGCUGGAUGGAACCUGGAAUCUCAUCUACCUCUUAGUUUCUACAUGUGAGAAGCGAGCUUGCAGGCCAGUGUCCCUCCACAUGCUGUAGCACUUAAAAAAUAAUCCUAACGUUCCCUGAAAACCAGUCCCUGGGUUCCUAUGAUCUGGAGUUUGUACCUGGAUUAUCUGGUGUUGGGGACCUGAGUUUUGAUUGGUUAGCCUUAAUCACAGCCUGGCAUAAUCAUGUAGAAUCUCUUCUGGUGAUCACAUCAUUAAGUUCAUCAGGGCACCCAUGUCAGUGGUGCUAUGCUGGUCAAAAAUUGAGAUUUUGAAAUAAAAAAUUUGUCAUAUUUA